AAUUUAUAAGACGUAUGUACCUCUUGAAAGCAUUUUAUAGGACUUUGAAGAGUUUUUGGUUUUAAGCCAUCAAUUUUUAAUCAUCUUUUAGUGCUAACAACUAUCUAUUUCUAACUUUAUCCACAAGUACUACUAUCCAAUGUUCACUGCAACAUAAUGGGUUGCCUAAGUUGGUUAAGAGGGUUAAAGAUGACAUUUCCUUUUAAAGAUAAGGAACUCAAUAAAAUAGCCGCUUUCUUUAAUAUGUCCACUUUCAUGUUAACCUGUGCAGCAUUAGUGCAACCAAGUUGGUUUCGCAUCAAAGGACUUCACUGUACUCAAAGUCUAUCACUGGCACAGUUUUUCACAUUUGAUGAUGAUGAUGAAGAUGAUGAUAAUGUCCAAUUGACAAUACGUCAGAAUAAUAUGUUUGAUCCUAUUAACAAAUCCGAUUUCAAUGGUUUGCCGCCAUGCAGUACACCAGAGAUAAUCACCCUUAUGAGGAUUCUUAUUCUAUUAUGUUUUAUGGUACUACUUUGUUCCUUCAUUGGAAUUGUGAUCAAUGUCACCAAUUUAGAUGUGAAAGCAAUAAAAACACUGCGUAGAAAUGCCAUUCCAAGCAUAAUGUGUGUGUUUUGGGUGAUCGCUAUUGUAGGAGUAUGCUACUAUACUACUGUUGUAUUGGGAAAUGAAAACAAUGGUGAACACAACAAUAUACAAGUUGAUUAUGAAUAUGGAUUUUAUACAAUUACAGGAGCAGGAACUUUAGCUCUCUUGGCUUCUGCCGCUAACUUAUGGGGUGCACCAUUAACCAGUGAUGAAGAUGUUCAAAGGCGAAACCUUAUGGAGGACUGGGAUGGUUACGAAGCUCACAGCGUAGGACCAACGCCAGCCGUACCAACACUUCCACCUUACACCCCCAAUGCCGACUAUGUGCCUGCUAUACAUAAUUCAUAUGCUCCACCCGUUCUUGGCACACAACAAUACUUCCCAUUUGAUGAUUUGUCGGUUCUCCCUCCCCCACCGCCUUACACACCUUGAAAAUGUAUCUUCCACUGUUUUAAUACAAAAUUGAAUCUUAUUUUUCUAUUUAUAAGAUCUCUUUUUAUUUCUCACAUUUAUUUAAAAUUUAUUGUUAUUAUCAUAAGGCUUGUGAAGUUAAAAAAAGUAUGAAGUAUAUUAUUGGUCAUGAUCAGCCCCAUUUUUAUUACAAUUCUAUAGUUUUACAGAAUUGUUAGUGUAAGAAUUCUAUAAAUAUGACGGAACUGAUGUGAAUCAUCCCUAAUUAAUGAAAUGUUACAUUUAUUUAGUUGGGCUGUUUGGAAUCUUAAAUAAUGAUCUGAUGAAAAUUAAAUUACUAGAUACCGAGUUAAAUAUUAAUAGCCAAAUAUAUUUAUCCUCAAUAAUGUUAUAUUAGAAAAAACGUUAAGCAGUGAUGGAAUGUAAUUGAUUAUAUUGUGGUUGUGAGAUGAUUCCAUCAUUUGUAUACUGUUUACUUCAGUAUGUGAUUUUGCCAUUUUAGUGCCUAAUCGUGUCGUAUUCUCAUGCUUUAAAAUUCUAUUAAAAAAAGGUAAAUAUGAUCAUGCUAAAUGGCAUGUGUCGCCUAUUUAUUGCACUCUAGAUUAAGAUUUUAUUUGUUUAGUGAAAUAUUGGAUGUCAUUGUUUCUAUGUAUAAUAUUGUAACUAAUUAUUACUUAAAAAUCACAAGAUGCUGUUAUUAAAAUUUCACAUUACCUUUGAUUUCGUUCUAAAUAAUUUAGAUGAAUGUUGAAUUUUCUUAACAAAUUCUAUAUAUUGUUGCACACAUAUUAAUUUAGUAUUGUGUUGCACUAAACACGUGGAAAUGAUCUGUAAAUUAUAAUCCAGUCUAAAAUUAGAAUGUAUUUUAAUUAGUUUUAAACUUCUAUUAAGUGACUGGCUCACUACUCCGCCAGUGCAAACCUGUAAUUUUUUUUUUUUUUGUAACAGAACUAUAAAAUGAUGGAAAUUAUUACCAUGAAUAAUUUAAAAUAAUACAAAAGUAGAAAUGCUAUAAAAGAAACAUGAUUUCGGCUACCUACGAUGAAUAGACGCGACCCUCACAUUUAUAUAGCAAUCAUCAAAAAAUGUAAAUUGAAAUAGAUCUUGAAGGCCUGUAUACACCGAAUUAAUUAAACGCGUUAUGCGCUUCAAAAUGCGGUGUGCACAGGGUUUAAUUUAGACAUAUUGUUGAUAAGGUUAUGUCGGCCAAACUAGCGAGACGUUUCAUUCGUUUUAGAAGUUUCUAGUAGAUUAAUUUACACUCAAAAAGUGUACAUUCAAGUUAUUUUGCCUACCUACAUUGCUUUGCAUAAUAACGUGUGUAUUGGUAUUUUUUAUAUUAUCGGAAUAUGUUUAUACCUAAAAUAAAAUUUAACUUACGAGCUUUUAUACAUCAUUCAAGUAACAAGAUAUAAAAUGAUGUGAAUGUCGUUUUAGCAAGACGACAGUAACUUAUGGGUACUUCAGAUAAUAUAUUAGAAUUCACUAAACUCAUCGCGACAAAAUCAAUUUGUGUAUGAGAGUGGUCAUAUGAUUAUAUUUUAUUGAAUUAUUUCCUUCGAUACAGUGAUUAAAUUUUUUUUUUUAUUGCUUGUCAAUUUUAUAUGUCACAAACCCUUAUUUGUUAAACUCUACGCAUAAUCCGAUCUAAUGGUAGUUCUGAUAUUCUAAUAAUAACCCAUGUUACCAAAAAUGUUAAAAUAAUAUUAGUUGUUCGUUAAUGUAUAAACUUCUAGGAUGUAAGAAUAGUUAUUCCUAGUUGUCUACUAGGAAGUUUAUUUUUACAUGUAAAACGAGAAUAAGAUUUUAUUUUUAUGUAAGACCAAUAACAUGCAAUACAUAUCUAUAACAAAUUGUUGUUUUUUUCAUUUACA